UAAUCUGUGGUUACAGUCACAGGUGUUUGACCAAAGAUAAUCUGUUUAACGAAUAAUAGUGGAUUUGAAUCGAAAUUCAUAAAUACUUUAUUUUAAAGAAAAUUAUCAAAAUGCUAAUAUCAGAUGGGAUAAAUCACGGCAAAUUACAAUCGAUAAUAGUUGGUGAAUUAAAAAAAGCGGGAUUGAAGCAUCGUUUAAAAAAGAUUAUUCUUAAAAACGUUAAAGAUCACAAAACGUUAUUCGGCGCACCGCUAGUAAAAGUACCAUCAUGCAGUGUGAUUUGUUGUGGAAGUACACUGAGUGUUCCGAUUGUAGUGACAGAGAUGUCUUCAGUGUUGAGGGCAAAUGCCCAUGUUGAGGGUUUGUUUCGAAAGGCGGGAUCUCAGAACCGCCAGAAAGAUAUAAAGCGAUUAUUAGAUGCAGGUGGUUGCGUCUCAGAAGGUCAUCAUCCUAUAGAUGUUGCCAGUGUGCUUAAACUUUAUUUGCGGGGAUUACCAGAGCCCCUCAUAAGUGCUGAGGUUCAAGACUUACUUCUCCGGUGUCGCCUAUCAGCUAGUGAAGAUGGACUAAAACCUCUAUUGCAUACAUUAUUACUUCUGCCAGUGCUUCAUGUUCAUCUUUUACAUUAUAUUAUGGAGUUACUAAAUUUUAUUGCUUCAAAUCACAAAGAGAAUCUAAUGGAUUCUUCAAACCUUGCCAUUGUGAUGGCCCCCAGUAUUAUGCCACUGCCAGCUGCUGCAUCUGCACAACGAUUGGAGCAUCAUGUUGCACUUGUUAAGAUAUUCAUCGAAAACUCGCAACAUAUAGGCCUUUUAACAGAUGAACUCAUGACACAAUUGGACGAUGAUUCCGAUGUAUAUCGAGCAAGAAGAAAGAAAAGGCGAAGUGGUUCACUCAAUCGUGUGCUGAGCGGUUUACGCAAAAUGGUUUCUGGUGGUGUGAACACUCCUGCUACUGUUCGCGAAAAUACUAAAACUCCAGUUCUGAGCAAGUCUGCUGCCAAACGGAAGUUUGACGCCUAUGAAGGAUUUUCUGCUAAAACUAAGAAAGAAGUAACAAAAGGCUUGCCUCAAAAAGAGUUAACAUUUACACCAGUGAAAAUGGGAUUAACGGAACGGAAACGACUACGAUUGAGUAUGAUGGAUACUAGGAGUACCCCAAUCAUAAAUACAGAUUUCAGCUCUCAUAAAAAUUCAGAGACCAGUAUCAGCAGUGAAGACUUUUUAACUUCUUCUGAACACUUGUUUAGUGCUCACGACACAAUAGACUUAUCUCCGGAUAUGAAACAAGCAGAAAAAGAUUAUGUUAGAAUCUCUAAACAAGAAUACGAAGAAAUAAAAAGUAGAGUUUCAGCCAUAGAGAAUAGACUAUCCAGGGAGUUUACAGAAGUAAUUCCUAGAGCUCAACCUCUAGAACAUGUCCAAAAUGCAUAUGAACAAACACUGGAAGAAGUUGCAAUGUUAAAUUGUCCAAACUCGGACCAUCUCGCUAGACGUUUAAGUAGAGAACUGAAAAUUAGACCAAAUGAAGAAACUAAAGUUAUUCGAUCACCUAGUGCUAGGAAAAUUGGUUCAAUAAGAAGGCGUUCAAAAGAAAAUAUUAUUAAAGUUGUAAGGCAUAAAUCAUGGAAUGCAUCAACACAAUCACAAACUAGUCAUGUUGGCGAUAGAUUUUAUCCAUAUAUAGGCAUCAAGCGUAGAGAUAGAACUAGUACAGCAAAACCUGAUUUGGCAGUAUCAAAAGAAAAGCAGUCUCCAAUAAAUGAUUGGGAUUGUUCAAUGUCAGAAAAGUCUCUUAACAGUUCUGAAAUUAAUAAUCAGAAGUAUCAUUUGCGUAAAAGAACAAGUCUCGCGUGCGAUUACAACCCUGAUAAAACUAUUGGAAAAUUUCAACCACGUAGAUCUUUGAAUAUAACUAUUAAUAAUAGUUGGGAUAAUACAGUGUCAGAAAAUUCAAUUAACUCAAGUUCGAAAUCAAACGAUUCUGAUCAAAUGCAACAUUAUCAAAACAUAACUGCCAAAAGUUCUAAGAAACUCACUAGACACAGUCCUCCGCAUCAGAAGUGGAGAAAUGCUGCAGUUUUCUUUAUGGAUAAAACUGGUGAAGUUGAAGCCGCCGGUCACAGUGGAAGACCCUCAGUCAAUAAACUGCGACGUCAAAAUGCUGGAGCUGUACUUGCUAAAGCUAAACUGUUUGAAUCUAGUUCAGAUAAAUCGUCCGAAAACAACGACAGAGUUUUACAUACUGGGUUUGCAAGAAGACCGCGAGUGAAUAAUCAGCAUCAAUUAAAAUCACAAAAAUUAAUUGCUCAUGUUAAACCAAAAGUGCAGUCGAGCAGUUGUGCAAAUGUGGCCCCUAAUGUUCCUAUCAGAAUAAAUAGAAAUAUGGAUGUUGCCCCAAGUUUAUCUUUAAAAUCAUAUAGAGAGAAUGCAACAUCAAAUAGGGACAAUAUAGAAUCAUGGCGAUCAAACAAGAGAAUUACAUCGCCUGGGAAAAGAGUUGUUUCGCCACAAAAUACAGCGUUAAAAACAUCUCAAACGCCAGUUCUGAAAAAGCCAUUAUGCACAACAAGAACUUUAAAAACUCCAGUAGCUAGCAAUGAACCAAGAAAAGUUAAUACGCCUAUGAAAGCUAUACAUGUAUCUCCAAGAAGACGGUCUCCAAGACAAAAGCUACGCCCUUAUAAUCAUGCUCAUUAGCACAAUGAAUAUGAGCAAUAUAUUUAAUACCUAUGUAUUAUCAUUACAAAGUGAUUAAAACGAAACCAGUGGCCAUUGUAAAUAUUACCUAAUUUGUAAUCAUACUGAUUAUUUCAUAACUAAUUAUAUAAAUCAUAAUAAUAUUCUGUUUUAAUGGGAGUUAAGAGGUUUUAUAUUAAGCCUUGUUAUUAUAAAGUAUUUUAAAACGAUUGAAAAAAAAAUGUCUUAGGUUAAUAAAUAAAGAUUUCACAAAAAACAGACUUCAAUUAUGUAAAACUAUUGAACCGAUUUUGAUAAAAUUUCUAUGGCAUAUUAUUUUAGAUAAAAAAUAAUAAUUUAAAAUUGGUUUAGAACUGACUGAGUCAUGGGGUAACAAAUAUAAAAAAUGAAUGUGAGUUUGUUACCUUAUAGCGCUAUAAUUGCUUAACCAGUCACUAUUAUGUAUCAAAUUUUGUAUAUAAGGGAUGGAAGAAAACUCAUGAAAAUCAAGCAUAUUGCUUCACUUUUAG